AAAGCUCAGAACGCCGGUCGCAUAUGGAGGUCGCUUGCCGAGCCCUGGACUGAAGAAUCAGAGCCAAACAUCCAAAGUAAAACCAUCCCAGCAGGCGGUAUGCCCGCGCUACCCGAAGUUUGUGUUUGAACGUCAUAACGAGCCCUCUCCAUUAAACGCAAACGGUGGAGGUGGUGCUGGUGGUGAUUUUGGUACCCCGACCAACCUCCGACCAUCGUUAGAAGUCUUGUGGUUGUCGAAGAAACUGUUGGACGGCGAAAAAAUGCCUUCCUUUCAACAUAAUGUGCUUAUAAUCGGCGCAUGCCUAGCGGUUGGUUUCAGUACGAGCCAAGCACUGGGACCGAACUGAUGUCCGCCGGUUGCGACCGAUACCGUGAGUGACCGACAGACUGUCUCGUGGAUGGAGUAUACUUCGGUGCGUGCGUGCGUGCGUGCAAGUGACUCCGUAUCAGAGUGAAAGAGAGAGAGAGAGAGAGAGAGAGAGAGAGAGAGAGAGAGAGAGAGAGAGAGAAAGACAGACGCGCACUUAGUCGACUGCUGGCACCGAAAUUGGUACUAACUGGUUAGUAGCAACUGGUUAGUGUUGCAAGUGCUCAUCGCUAGCAGUCCUUGGCCUGUGUUUGGACACCUCUCAGCGCUUUGCAGAACACCUUCCCCUCCAUUAAUCAAGACCGCCAGAAGCAGCAGCAACAUGGACCUGUACCAGUAUUACUUCUACGAAAAUGCCGAUCAGCGAACCAAAGACUGGUUUCUGGCGGGGUCACCGAUGCCGAUCGUCGCCAUAAUUAUCUGUUAUCUGGCCCUUGUGUACUACAUCGUGCCAAGAUAUAUGCGCAACAGAGAAGCCUAUCAGCUGAAAACAUUCAUGGGAGCCUACAACCUGUUCCAGGUCCUGUACUGUGUGUUUCUAAUCGCACGGCUCGUACAAGCUGGCUGGAGACCGUACUACUUCUACAAAUGCGUCGAGACGGACUACUCGUACGAACCGAAGGCGCUGCUGAUGGUCGAAACCACUUGGUACCUUAUGAUGAUCAAACUGUUCGAGCUGCUCGAGACGGUGCUGUUCGUUCUGCGCAAAAAGCAGAACCAGGUAACGCUGCUGCACGUGUACCAUCACAUCAGUACCUUCGUGAUAGCGUACAUCUACACAAAGUACAUCGGCGGAAGCAUGCUGACCUUCUCGAUUGUCGCUAACUGCAUCGUGCACAUCAUCAUGUACUCGUACUACUUCAUGUCGGCGUACGAUGUGCCCCUGUUCAAGUUCCUGGUCGCCAAGUACAAGAAGUACAUCACUAAAAUUCAACUGAUCCAGUUCUGUCUCAUCAUGGCAAACAAUCUGUUUGGCCUCAAUCCAAACUGCAACAUCUCGCACCCAUUCCUGGCGAUGUACAUCCCAAAUAUUCUCAUUCUGACGUAUCUGUUUUGCGAUUUCUACAAAAAAUCCUACGGCAAACCGAAACCAGCCAAGAAAGCGCCCUGAACUGAUGGACCCUUUUCGAAGACGAACGCUUUUUCGCAAAACUCGGAGCCUUCCGGCCGCCAGUGGGCGGAGUGAAAUAAUAAAUCGACUUCGACUGCAGCUGCUGGCGAAAGGGCGAAUAGGCGCAACCUACGCAACGCAAAUGACGACGUGAUGGGAGAAUGGAUAUCGUUUCAAUGCCUUAGAGGGAAAGCUUUAACAACUGUGAUGGAAUCAGACUAUCUGAGUCGCGAAUAGUGCGGGCACUACGCUGCAACUGCUGCUGCUGCUGCUAGGAGAUUGGCGGGAUCUUUCUUUUGCAUAUUAGUUUUCUAGGUUCUGGAGACGGCACAGACGAGCCACGGAUUUUAAGACGAAAAUUUGCAUACGCUUUGGGAGCUCCAACCUCCUCUCAAUUCCUCCGUAGACGAGAGUGAUCAGUUCAGGGGAGUAAAACAAACAAAAAAGGGAAGAAAGAACUAACCAUAUUCUAACACAAUCCGUAAGCUAACAAAUCAAAGUAGCGAAUCAAUGAAUCAAUUACUAGGUAGCGCGGAAUAUGGUAACAAUUUCAACUACAACGAUUUUAAGUCAAUAAAAUGUCACAUGUCGGAAGAUCACAUGAUGAUAA